AUGCAGUCUUCUAUGGUUGGGGAGAUUGAGACAACUAUUGAGAUCAAAGCUCCCGCCCAGAAGUACUACCACAUGCUCACCGGAAAACCAAAAGAUCUUCCAAAAGCCACUCCUGACAACCUCCAGAGAUGUGAUGUGCUUGAGGGAGCGCCUGGACAAGUUGGCCGUAUUCUCAACUGGAACUAUGUCACUGAUGGACAGUCAAAGGUGAUGACGGAGAGGAUCGAGGCACUGGAGCCGGAGAACAAUCUGAUGGUGGCUAGGGUUAUUGGGGGAGAUCUAAUGAAAGAUUUCAAGAACUUCUUCCUCACUAUUCAGGCGACCCCGAAACAAAGAGGACCUGGAAGUUUGGUUAAGUGUCACCUGAAGUAUGAGAGGAUUGACAAGAAGGUGGCUGACCCAGAGGACAUACUUGGGUUGUUUGUCAACGCAUCCAGAGACAUGGACAAAAUGCUUUCUUCUGAAUUCUAGAGGAUUCUUCGCAUAUCUAUUCAUCAUCUACCCGUCCAACUAUCUAUCUAUAUAUUAUGUCUGGGUGUUUAGUAUAUAUUUCUCAAUAAUGUGAUCUCUCUAUGAUUGAAGAGAUCUAAUAUAUGCAAGUAUGUCAUAAUCAUACAUGAUGUCUAGUACUGUGUUACGUAUCUUUGAAGUUGUAAGUUUAAACUGUAACUUGUGUGUUGCAAUGAUCUUUCUUCUUGAUCAGUAUUCAUGUACGCAAGAAGACUGGUGAGAAGGUGUCUCCUCAUCCUCACCCUGAUAUUGCUGCAUAUUGGAGACAAA